AGCGACCAAGAAACGACUCUCUUAUUUUCUUUAGUUGUCAUAAACCGCGUGCUUAGGCGUUUACAUUUGGAGGGUCUCUUCUUCAUCCACCACGCCACACACUCAUUGUUCUUCCUGAAAAUUCAUUGUUAUUUGCUUGCUGCCACCAUUACAUAAAUGUAAUGUGCGUAUUUUUGCAAUUAUGCAUUGGUGGCAGGGCGCAUUCACACCCUCUUCAAAAUCGAAUUCUGAUGACAAUCUUAUCGGCGGAGGAAUGGGUCGGUACACGUUGAAAACGGACAUGUGUUCGUCCACUAAGAGCCGCCAGCUAACGCGCGCAAGGAAGUUGCGGCAUUUGACGGAUAACGACGUGGAGCUUUGGCGAACGCCUACGCAUGGCGUCAAUUUGCCCUCUCAGCCGUGCCCUCAGCCGCUGCCCUUGCCGCUGCCGGAAGAUCAUGUUCUGUUGGGUCAUGAUGUAAAGUUGAAUGGUUCCGCUACUAAUUCGUAUAAUUUGCCCUCGCCCUACGACGCGCUUAGUAAAGUUGGUCACAGAGGUUGUGGUGGAGGUGAAGAGAGGAAUAUAGAAAGGGAGAAAUCCAAGGAGUUAAAUGCAGAUACAAUUGAUGGACCCAAUAUGCUUAAUAGCAGAUUAGAUGGCCAAGAUACUCAGAUGAAUGCAGCUUGUACUGAAAUGCGGUCGUCUGGGAAAUCGUCUCGGGCAGAAAAUGGCUUGGAAAGAUCGUCAAAUAACUACAAUAUCAAUGUUCCUGUAAGUGCUCCAACUAGUCCUUAUUCAAGCCCUGGACUAAGCCCUCCAAGAGGUGGAAGUGAUUUUCUUGCAGCUCAUUACCUGACUCCCCCAAGUAUUUUUCAAGCUUGGUCUGGACUGGAGGUGCCACAUUCAGAUGCAAAUCUUGGCCUAGGGUUUUCCUACCAAAUAUUACCCCAAAAAAGUGCAUCAAGUGAUGACAGCUCUCCCGUCCGUGGUCCAAGGGCAAGUUCCCACCGACGUACAAGUGUUACUAGGCCUUUGUCAUGGCACGAGAGCAAUUCUCAAGCCACUGUUCAUCCCUUACCUCUUCCUCCAGGAGCUGCCUUGCCUUCACUGGCCACUCCAGUGUCCCCAAACCCAUCUAGAACUGAAUUUCCAGUCACUUCUAUGCCUUCACAGCCAACUCCAAUUUCUCCACUUGCACCUAAAUCUAGUUUUCCAGGAGCUACAAUGCCUUCACUGCCAACCACAAUUUACCCAGUACCAGUUAAACCAGAAUUGAUGCCUAUUAAAGGUAAAUGGCAGAAAGGAAAGCUUAUUGGGCGUGGGACAUUCGGAAGUGUGUAUGUAGCUUCAAAUAGAGAGACUGGAGCCUUAUGUGCCAUGAAAGAAGUUGAAAUUUUACCAGAUGACCCAAAAGCUGCAGAGUGUAUGAGGCAAUUGGAGCAGGAAAUCAAAGUGCUUAGCAAUCUGAAGCAUCCAAACAUUGUGCAGUAUUAUGGUAGUGAAAUUGUUGGUGACCGGUUUUAUAUAUACUUGGAAUAUGUUCAUCCUGGUUCAAUCAAUAAAUUCAUCCGUGACCAUUGUGGAGCGAUCACAGAAUGUGUAGUUCGCAAUUUUACUCGUCACAUUCUAUGUGGGCUGGCUUAUUUGCAUAGUACAAAAACCAUACACAGGGACAUCAAAGGUGCUAAUUUGCUCGUUGAUGCGUGUGGAGUUGUCAAGCUUGCUGACUUUGGGAUGGCUAAACAUAUGACUGGUCAAGCUGCUAAUCUUUCGUUAAAGGGUAGUCCAUACUGGAUGGCUCCCGAGCUCUUGCAGUCUUUGAUGCAGAUAGACGCUAGUUCUGAUCUUGCUUUAGCAGUUGAUAUAUGGAGCUUGGGCUGUACUAUUAUUGAAAUGAUGAAUGGAAAACCCCCUUGGAGUGAAUGUGAAGGGCCUGCAGCAUUGUUCAAGGUUUUAAAGGAGAAUCCACCAAUACCUGAAACAAUGUCGGCAGAUGGCAAGGAUUUCUUGCGCCGAUGCUUUAGAAGAAAUCCCGCAGACAGGCCAACAGCUAGCAUGUUGCUCGAACAUCCAUUUGUGAACCAGUUAAUUAAUGAAAUAACAUCAACGGGUAAUAAAAAAUUUCAGCAACCAAGUUAUCAAUUCGAUCAGGUGCCUGUGUCCAAAGAUACACGGACCACAAAGGGCAAACUGCAAGCUACAAUGAGACUAGCCAACGAAGUCAACGUGAAGUAUCCAAUUUAGCCAUGGUUCCGCUUCUUUCUCCUCGUUCAACUCUUGAAGCUCUUCCUAGUUUAUCACCAUUGUGCUAGGGCAAUCCAUUGCCCCUGUGGUCCCAGCAUUCCAGCAAAUGUUUGUAGUACUCAAACACGGUGAGAGUAGGAAUCGUCGAAGAGUAAUGGAUCUGCCACAUACCUUUUUUGGCGGGUUUUCCCCUUGAGAUCUCUCCUCCUUUAGUGUGCCCUUACAGGAAGAACUUAAGGGCAAGCUGGGGUAGCCUCGACAUGAUUAAAAGGAAGAAAAAAAGAAGUGAAAAUCUUGUCUGUUGUGAGAACUAAACUAAUGAUUGUGUGAGAAUCUCCCUUUGUAUUCUUUCCUAGGUAGCUAGCAGCCAAGGGAGUUUGAUACGGUAACUUUUUCCCUGUUAAUGUUGUUAAGAAAGGGAAACUCUUGGAAAGUCUCCCUGGACUGUGAAUUGUAGAUGUAGGCUUUGUAUAUUAUUCAAGGAAGUAGAGCUUAUCGAUAAUCUUGACAUACAAAAGAUUGAUUUCAUUAGACUUUUUCAGUAGUUAUUAGAUACAGUAGCGAAAAAGGAUUCAUACAACUGAUUCGAAGGUUAUUGAAAAUAUAAUUUAGUUGUACUCUUAAUGUGAAUGCUUCACAGUUA